GGGGGUCUAAAAAUACACCUGGGUCUCCUCUUUAUUCUGUCUUUGUCUCAUAACAUCUACGGCGUGUUCCCGGUGACCACACAUUUAUCGGAAACAACUUCUUCUCGUGACUAAGACACUACCGCAAAGCUAUUUGGCUUACCACGAAUGACCUUUUACCCAAACAUACUCAUCUGUCACCAGAUUACUUAUAAUCCUAAUUUUAUAUCACUAUUUUAACAUCCUUAUUUAUAAAUAUUAUUAUAUUUUGGUGCGCGUGUGUAUCCUAUAUUAUAUUAAGUAAUAAAAAUAAAAACAUGGGGUCAUCGUACUGGAUUAUUUUACUUACUUGCCUACCCGGUUUGAUGUCUAAUCAAGAUGAAUACGGUAUAUCACAAUCACCACUGGAUUACAAUGGAUCAAAAAGAACAGCUUGUCCUAAAAGUGAAUUUGACAAUCAACCUGCAGAUAGAUUUGAUUCAUCAAUUACAUUACGACAGUUAAGAUCGGAGAUGGUUCGCAUGACUUCAGUACACGAUAAACCACUUGAUGGCUAUAUUAUUACAUCCGAUGAUGAUCAUCAGAGUGAAAGUGUUUCACCACAUGAUAUGAGACGAGAAUUUUUAACUGGAUUUUACGGAAGCGCUGGGGAAGCUUUAAUUACUUCAAAUAAAGCAGUAUUGUGGACCGAUGGAAGGUAUCACCUUCAAGCUGACCAACAACUCGACUGCAAUUGGAUUCUUAUGAAAUACGGCCAUAAGGGAGUUCCAUCCAUAACAGAAUGGUUAAUUAAUGAAUUUGACAACCGUACAGAAGUUAGAAUAGGAGCUGAUCCAAUGCUAAUCCCAGCAUUUAUAUGGGAAUCAUGGGAAAACCAACUAGCACAGUCAUCGGUACAUUUGAUAGCCGUAACAACAAAUUUAAUUGAUUUAAUUUGGCAAGUCGGGCGUCCAAAAAAUAAUUCAUACGCCGCUUAUCCAUUAGAAAUAAAAUUUGCUGGCAAACCAUGGCAAGAAAAAGUACGACAAGUAAGAUUGAAAAUGGAAUUAUCUGCAGCAGAUGCAUUAGUAGUAACCGCUCUUGAUGACAUAGCUUGGUUAUUAAAUAUUCGGGGUUGGGAUUUACCAAACACACCUGUAUUAAAAUCUUAUGUAAUUAUUACCCAAGGAUCUAUUUACCUUUAUGCUGAUCGACAUAAAAUUUUAAGAUCUGUCGAUAUACAUUUAAAAACUGAUGGUUGUUAUCAUGCAGAUUGUGUCAGAUUACAAAGUUACUCAGAAAUCUGGAAUGAUUUACGAACUAUGUCUCAAACAUGGAGUAAAGUAUGGUUACCUUCUUACUGUGGAUAUGCUCAAGGAGCGUCACGAAAAAUUUACAUAUCCAUUCCAGCUGAGAAACGUUUACCAAAACCAUCUCCAAUAAUUGAAUUACGUGCUAUUAAAAAUGAUAUUGAAAUAUUAGGAAUGAGAAAAGCACAUUUACGUGAUGCAGUUGCAAUGUGUGAUUUUAUGGCUUAUAUCGAUCAACAAUUGAAAUACAAAACAACUAAAUGGGACGAGAUGCAAGUAGCUAGAGUUGUUAAUGAAUUUCGGCUUGAAAUGGAUUACAAUCAGGGUAUUGCUUUUCCUACAAUAGCCGGUUAUGGUCCACAUGGUGCAUUACCACAUUAUGAACCAAGCGAUCGUACCAGUUUAAUGAUUGAUUUAAAUUCAACGUUAGUAAUAGACUCAGGCGGCCAGUAUUUCGAUGGCACAACUGAUGUAACGAGAACAAUACAUUUCGGUGAACCAACACAAGAACAAAGAGAAGCUUAUACACGUGUAUUAAUAGGCUCUAUUGAAUUAGCAUCAUUAAUUUUCCCGAGUAAUUUGAGAACAGAUCAACUAGAUAUUCUGGCAAGACGUCCAUUGUGGGAUAUGCAUGAUGACUAUAUGCAUGGAACUGGCCAUGGCAUUGGCCAUUUUUUAUCUGUUCAUGAACCUCCAAUUAGUGUAUCUUAUAAUAUGAAUGCAACGCCAACAGCUGGAUGUACGUGUUAUUUAAGCCCAGGAAAUUUUUUAUCCAAUGAGCCUGGCUAUUAUAAAGCUGGUGAUUUUGGAAUACGAUUAGAAAAUAUACUUGAAGUUGUAGAAGCAGAUUCACCACAACAAGAUAGAAAAAGUUUUUUUAAAUUCCGUGAUGCGACCUUGAUACCCUACGAGCCAAAACUAAUAGAUACUAAUAUGUUGAGUCCUGCACAUAGACGUUGGUUAAAUGAUUAUAAUAAUCGUAUAAGAAAUGAAGUAGGGCCAGAAUUAAAGAAACAUUUGAGAAUGGUUGGAUUUGAAUGGAUGAUGAAAAAAACUCGUAGCAUUCCUGAAUGGGGUGAAGUCGAUGAACGCCUUUUUGUCGGUGCAGCAAAUCCAUCUUAUUCUAAAUAUCAUUGUGCACUUAUUUUUAUUGUGAUAUUAUUACAAAUAUGAAUAGCUGACAAGAAAUUAUAAAAAAAUUAGUAAACUUAAAAAGUAUAUGCACAUAUUUACUUUUCUAAUUUUUCAAAUAAUUAUUUUAUAAUUAUAAUUUAUUAAUAAUUAUUUAAAAUAAAACCAAUAUUGGGAGAUGAGAUUAAACUGAAAUUAUUGUAAUACAGUAGACUCUGGUUAUAAGUUACAUCGGACGCUCUACUCACUCUCACGUCAAUUUCAUUUUUUCCUGUAAGUAAGAGUGUAGAUAGAAAUAUAACUUAUAACGAGAGUGUACAGUAGUUUCUUAUUUCAUGAUAAUAAAGAUAAUAAACAACUUAGUUUUAAUGAAAAUGUAAAUAUAAUUUGUCAGUCAGCUCUUGAUAAUGUAAGAGUAAUAAAAUUAUUAUUCGUUUCUGAUGGUGAUGACAAUGAAGAUAGCAUAAUUCCAGAAUUUGUUAUUUUCAUAGUCUAUUGGAAAGUCGUGGACGAGAAGAAUUCAUUGAUUGGAACGCAAUCAGACAAGGAUACAAUAAAGAUAAGAUUCCAUUUAUUUAGACAUCACACUCCAUAAACCACACAAAGAACACUUAUUGAAUUACCAAAUUCCAUUUUAAUUCACUAUUAUAUAACUCAUUUGACAAAAGUAUAGUUAUCAUUUAUAUUAUUUCGAUAUAAUAUUAUAAAAAA